AUGUCCUACCCGCAGGGCUACCUGUACCAGGCGCCCGGUUCGCUGGCGCUAUAUUCGUGCCCGGCGUACGGCGCGUCUGCGCUGGCGGCGCCGCGCAGCGAGGAGCUGGCGCGGUCGGCGUCGGGCUCGGCUUUCAGCCCCUACCCCGGCUCCGCGGCCUUCACCGCGCAGGCGGCCACCGGCUUCGGCAGCCCGCUGCAGUACUCUGCCGCCGACGCCGCCGCCGCCGCCGCCGGCUUCCCGUCCUACAUGGGAGCGCCCUACGACGCACACACGACCGGGAUGACGGGCGCCAUCAGCUACCACCCUUAUGGCAGCGCGGCCUACCCGUACCAGCUCAACGACCCGGCCUACCGCAAGAACGCCACGCGGGACGCCACGGCCACGCUCAAGGCCUGGCUCAACGAGCACCGCAAGAACCCCUACCCCACCAAGGGCGAGAAGAUCAUGCUGGCCAUCAUCACCAAGAUGACCCUCACGCAGGUCUCCACCUGGUUCGCCAACGCGCGCCGGCGCCUCAAGAAGGAGAACAAGAUGACGUGGGCCCCCAGAAACAAAAGCGAAGAUGAGGACGAGGACGAGGGCGACGCGGCAAGGGGCAAGGAAGAGAGUGCCGACAAGGCCCAGGAGGGCACCGAAACGUCGGCGGAGGAUGAAGGGAUCAGCCUGCACGUGGACUCGCUCACCGACCACUCGUGCUCCGCCGAGUCGGACGGAGAGAAGCUGCCCUGCCGCGCCGGGGACCCCCUGUGCGAGUCGGGCUCGGAGUGCAAGGAGAAGUACGAUGACCUGGAGGACGACGAGGACGACGACGAGGACGCCGAGCGGGACCUGGCGCCGCCCAAGCCCGUGACCUCGUCGCCGCUCACUGGUGUGGAGGCGCCGCCGCUGCUGAGCCCCCCGCCCGAGGCCGCGCCCCGCGGGGGUGGGGGCGGCAAGACGCCCCUGGGCAGCCGGACGAGCGGGGCGCCGCCGGGCGGCUCGCCCUACCCCGCGUCGCCGCUGCUUGGCCGCCACCUCUACUACACGUCGCCCUUCUACGGCAGCUACACAAACUACGGGAACUUGAAUGCUGCGCUGCAGGGCCAGGGCCUGCUGCGGUACAACUCGGCGGCCGCCGCCCCCGGAGAGGCGCUGCACGCCGCGCCCAAGGCCGCCAGCGAUGCGGGCAAGGCGGGCGCACACCCGCUCCCGGAGCCCCACUACCGGCCCCCGGGCGGCGGCUACGAGCCCAAGAAAGAUGCCAGCGAGGGCUGCACCGUGGUUGGUGGGGGCGUCCAGCCCUACCUAUAGAAGGGCCAGCAAUGCAAGUAAGUGGCUCCCUGGGGUCCCCCCUCCCCACACCCCUUGCAGAACCUCCCGGCACCAAUUGCCCAGCAAAUUCGCCUUAUGUGUGUUUCUUGCUUCUUGUCAUGGGGUCUGAGGAUAGCCUUACUUCUCUUUAUUUUUUUUAAGUGGGAGAGGAUUAUGCUGCUUUGAGAGCUCCUCUUUUUUUUUUUUUUUUGCUCAAAUUCUGCUUAAAAAAAGAAGUCACUUAUAUUCAUUGCAUCACUGCUGUUGUUUUCUCUUUGGAAAAACAGAUUCUUAAAAUCUGGGUAUUUGUAUGCAAUUUGGAACCUUAAAAAACUACGCUAGACACUUAAAAGGCACUUGCUUUCCAGAGCUAGUGCUCCUGAAACUGGGGGUAUCAGACCCCUUUCUAGAUGACAUUUGCAGUCAGACUGGAGAGACAUCGAAAUACUAGUCUUUUAUCAGGCCUGUCCCCGUGUCCAGAUGGACUAGAUAGGAUCCGCAGUUUGCCUGGCUGACAGUAGUAUCUCGAAAAGAAAACUACUUUACAAGUAGGCAGAAUUACUCAUCACAGAUCUUGAAGGUGGGCAAGAAGCGAAACCUUUUGAGAUGGACCCUUUUUAGAAUGUGGUGAUACUGAUGGGGGCUGAAGGAUUUGGGAUGACUUGGUUUUUUCCUUGGUCCACAGGUAGGUGUCACAAUUGCUUUGGAAAAAUAAAAGUCAGCAGGCCAUUCUCUCCUCCCAAGUUCAUAAAUAUACAGAUAUAUAUAUAUAUAUAUAAUGACCUCUAAAUCCGGACCGCAUCUUGUGCCACUGUAAAAAGGAAGGACCCACAGGGCACUGCCAACCCACAGACUCUAUCGGAACAGACUUUUGUUGGACAUACGUGAAUUUGUUGGCAUAGUAUAGCUUCCCCAAUGUAUGUGUGACUUUUGAAAACAAUCUUUUUUCUCAGGAUAUCUUGAAUUGAUCACUUCAUUGCCACGGUAUAUAUUCUAUAGGUGUGAUAGGAUUUACUGUAAAAUUUAUUUGUAAAAGAUGUACACAGUAGAAAUAAAACGUGAUUAUAGAACUUGAGUACUUAAGAAGUGGAAACAAAUUUGAUAUUUAUUUUUAUAAUGAUAUAAAGCUUCUAGUAAUUUAUGCAAGUUGUAUUGCAAUGGAAUCUAAACCUUUUGUAAAUAAAUUCUGCCUGGUUUUUAUUUGAACAUUGCUGGUUAUACAAUCUUUGUUGGUUGUUUAACAAGAAUUCUUUACUAAUUUAUAUCUUAAAUUGUAAAUAAAAACAAACUAGUCUACAACAA